AUGCCUUCUAAGGUGCCUUUUAUUAAAUUUAGUAACAACGUUGAAUAUCCAUUACUUGGAUUGGGGACAUGGAAGUCAAAACCUAAUGAAGUUUACCAAGCUGUUAAGGAUGCUAUAGACAUUGGAUAUCGUCACUUUGAUUGUGCACAUGUCUAUCAGAAUGAAAAAGAGGUAGGAGCUGCCUUAAGUGAAAAAAUUAAUGCAGGUGACGUUAAACGAGAAGAGCUGUUUGUCACUAGUAAGCUAUGGAAUACUUUCCAUAAAAGAGAACUGGUUGUGCCUGCUUUGAAGCAAACAUUGGAGAAUUUAAAGUUAGACUAUAUUGAUCUUUAUUUGAUUCACUGGCCCUUUGGUUUAAAGGAAGGUGAUGAAUUGUUUCCCAAAGAUGGGGAAGGCAAAUUUCUGUACAGUGAUUCCAGCUACAUCGAGACUUGGAAGGGGAUGGAAGAUUGUGUCAAAUUAGGACUUGCGAAAUCCAUUGGGCUGUCUAAUUUCAAUAGCAAACAGAUCAAAGCAGUUCUAGAAAUAGCUGAAAUCAAACCAGUAAACAAUCAGGUUGAAUGUCAUCCAUACCUGAAUCAGUCUAAGUUGAUUAAAUUUUGUCAAGAAAAUGAUAUCGUCGUAACUGCCUACAGUCCACUCGGGUCACCCGAUCGACCUAUGGCGAAGUCUGAUGACCCAGUGCUAAUGGAAGACUCCAAGUUGAAAGCAUUAGCUGAGAAAUACAAUAAAACUCCUGCUCAGAUUCUCAUAAAAUAUCAGCUUCAGAGGAAUGUUAUAGUCAUUCCAAAAUCUGUUACAAAAAGUAGAAUAGCCAGUAACUUUGAGGUAUUUGACUUCGAUAUAUCACCAGAGGACAUGGAUAUAUUAAAUAGCUUAAGUAAGCCCAACGGUCGUAUGGUCUGCGUAGCACAUUAUGGUGAUCAUCCAGAUUAUCCAUUUGUUGAAGAAUUUUAA